GUUGCUUUCUGUAAGGAAUGGAUACCCCCUGACACAAGCCGCAAUCUGCUCCUUUGAACAUAUCCACGCUAUUACGCCCUAUAAUCCUGUCUCGCAAUAUAGCACAACGUGGUGAUAUAUGAUACAUGUGAGAAAGUAAGAAAAUAAAAUCCGCCGUUGCUUUUUCCAUAUGUGGCAGCUAACGGAGCACGACCAGCAUGCUCGCUCACUCUGCUUCUGACGUCAGACAGUGAGAGACGAGCUAACGCGCUGUGUCCUUCUCCUCCAUUUGUGAACUGAACGAUGCGGUCUCUGGCAGCCAUCGACACCGCCCAGUAGAGACCCCAGCAGAAGUGCCGAGCACAACGACCCCCUCGAGGGAGACAGAAAGAGAGGGUCAGACACGAGCCCCGUUCAAGCGCUUGUUUUCAUGCUUUAGCUAGCCGUCCAGACCCAGUGCGAGAAAGCGGGAUACGGAAGAAACAGAGGCAACGGGAGCUCGCCUAUUUUGGUGAGAAAGCAGAGCCUAGGUUCGUCUAACGAUGGGAUGUACACUGAGCGCUGAGGAGAGAGCCGCUUUGGACAGGAGCAAAGCAAUCGAGAAAAACCUCAAGGAAGAUGGAAUCGUUGCUGCUAAAGACGUGAAAUUACUCCUGCUUGGGGCCGGGGAAUCAGGCAAAAGCACCAUCGUGAAGCAGAUGAAAAUCAUCCAUGAGGACGGCUUCUCUGGGGACGAUGUGAAGCAGUACAAGCCCGUGGUCUACAGCAACACCAUCCAGUCCCUGGCAGCCAUUAUCCGAGCCAUGGACUCUCUGGGGCUGGAGUACGGAGACAAGGGGAGGAAAGCGGACGCUAAGAUGGUGUGUGACGUGGUGAGCCGCAUGGAGGACACGGAGCCGUACUCCGCCGAGCUCCUCGGCGCCAUGGUGCGCCUCUGGACCGACGCCGGCAUGCAGGAGUGCUUCAGCCGCGCCCGCGAAUACCAGCUCAACGACUCCGCCCAGUAUUAUCUGGACAGCCUGGAUCGCAUUGGAGCAGCAGAUUACCAGCCUACGGAGCAGGAUAUUCUCAGGACCCGGGUUAAGACCACGGGAAUUGUAGAAACACACUUCACUUUCAAGAAUUUACAUUUCAGGCUGUUUGACGUGGGAGGUCAGAGGUCAGAGAGGAAGAAGUGGAUCCACUGCUUUGAGGACGUGACGGCCAUUAUUUUCUGUGUGGCCUUGAGCGGGUAUGACCAAGUCCUGCACGAAGAUGAGACCACAAAUCGCAUGCACGAGUCUCUCAUGCUGUUCGAUUCCAUCUGUAACAACAAAUUCUUCAUCGACACCUCCAUCAUCCUCUUCCUAAAUAAGAAAGAUCUGUUUGCUGAAAAGAUUAAAAAGUCUGCACUGAACAUCUGUUUCCCUGAAUACACAGGCCCCAAUACCUACGAUGAUGCAGCAGCUUACAUCCAGUCGCAGUUUGAGAGCAAAAACCGCUCCCCCAACAAAGAGAUCUACUGUCACAUGACCUGCGCCACGGACACAGGCAACAUCCAGGUGGUGUUCGACGCCGUGACCGACAUCAUCAUCGCCAACAACCUGCGUGGGUGUGGCCUGUACUAAUGGACACUUGCUCUUAAUUUAUGGCCGUCAUUUUGGCACUGAAGUGCAAGGUGGUUAACAAGAAUGAGGGUUCUUAACAGAUACAUAUACAUACAUACACAUACACACGUGUGUGUGUGUGUGUGUGUAUAUAUAUAUAUGUGCGCGUGCGUGUAUGUGUGGGUAUGUCUGUGUGCGUAUGUGUGUGUAUAUAUAAGUAUAUUUUAUUCAAUUUUUUUUUUAAGUUUGUCUCUAAGAGCUGCCAACAGCGGAUUUCUUAUAGAAACCCUUUUAGCAUUUUAUUUUUAUUUUUUUUGGUUGGUCUGUUUGUCACCCUCUUUUCACUGUGUCUUUAAAAAAACAGCACAUUCUUUGUUUCACAUAAGGAAAUGUGUCUUCAUUUAAAUUUUUAAAUGUUUAACUGUUAACUGUAUGUACAUUUAUUAUAUGGAUAUGUGGACAUGUUAACCUGGACACGUUUUGGUUGAGGAUGAGGAUGGUAAUAAGGCGGGCUAAUAAGUGCAGAUUUCCACACAGGGACUAAGUUUCAGCUCAUCUCCUGGUGACGAUCAGAUCUGCAUUUCCCAGCAUGCUUUGUGUUCUCUUGUGGAUCAGCCAAAAGGGGUCUCCCAGGUGCCACCCUGUCUCCAAGGCAGGUCUUGCUAUUGGCCAUGCCUAUUCAAGGGCGGGCCUUAGUGCUCUGUACUGUUAUGAGGCCUGUUAGCCAAUGAAAUUUCAGAAAAGUGUCCUAUCUGUGCCAGCCUGAAAAUGGCAUGUAUGGGAAUAGCACUAGAAUCACUAGGUUACUGAAAAAACUAUUUGAAUAUUAUCAUGUAAUGACUUGUAAUUUUUUAUUGUCAUUGGUAAAGGUCAUUACAUACUGAUGUUCACACCAGCUUCAUGCUCAUUAUAGAUGCAACACACACACACACUUACACACACACACACACACACAUGUUGAUACACACAUACACACACACUUUAUAUACACACACACACGUUGAUACACACCCUCACAUGUUCACAGACAAAUUCACACGCACACACACACACACACACACACACUCACAUGUUCACACAAAUACUCUCAUACAUUCACACAGGCUCAUGCACACACACACACACACACACACACACACACACACAUUGAUACACACUAACAAGUUCACACAAAUGCACUCACCAUACGCACAUGCACACACACGCAUACACACACACACACACACACACACACAGACCUCCCAUCAUAACCGAUCACUUCUUUACUGUUUUUAGUUGUGUACAUCUCCUGUUGCUCCUGUUCCACACAUAGCAUGAUUCGCCUGCUUUUUUAAAAACAAAUAUAAACAAAAUAGUGCUCCAAAACUCAAAAUCCACCAAAAAAAGAAAAAAAAAAAGAAAAAUGAAGAAAAACGAAUAAAAAAGGGACACUGGGAGGGGGAGACAGGCAUAAUCAUUAUUAUUGUUAUUAUUAUUAUUAUAGUAAUAAUAAUGCUGUACGGGUUGGUCUUCUGUACAUUCUGUGUAUUGUAGCUGAAGAUGAUUUUAUCUCCUCCUGUGUGUGUCUCAGCUGACCCUGUGGCUUUAUCUGUCUCCUCGACCAAGUCUGUACUUACUGGGAAAUAUGGUGUGGAAAGUAAUAAUCAUAGUGGAGUGUGUCAGGUCCUUGUGGUAAGGGAUGCGCCACAAGCUUGAAAAGAUUUGGGAUUUCGGGGCAGACCUGAAAGUUGCGCAGCCGGGCAGGUAAACGCGCUUUGCACCGCGCACCUGUGCAGGUGAACACGCAGCGAGCUGCGCAGCCGGCUGUACACGUCGAAGCGGCCGUGGUCGCGGAGCCAUACAGGUAAACACAUUUUGCACUGUGCGGCUGUGCAGGUUGACGCUGUUGUGUGUCUGUACAGGUUAACACAUUUUGCACUGUGCGGCUGUGCAGGUUGACGCUGUUGUGUGUCUGUACAGGUUAACAGGUUUCACACCGCACGCCUGUACAGCUUAACUUUGCGCCAUGUAGCUGUACAGGUUAACGCGCUUUGUGCUGAAUGGCUGUACAGGUUAACACGCUUACUCUUUAGUUUUGUAACUUGAACUGGCACACACCUGGCAGGUACAUAGAAAAGCACAGCUCUCACUCACUGUCCGAGAGACCUCUCUGGCUCUGAAUAAAGAAUCUUGUACAUAAUGACA